UCCCAUAGCUCCCUCGCCUAUGGACCCUAAAAGCUGCCGCUACUGCUGCUGUUGCCGAGCGAGACAGUUACUGUCUCAGCUCUAGGAUGUGCGUUCUUCCACUGGAAGCUCUUCGAAGGGACCGAGGGAAUUAAAAAAGAGUGGAAUGGAAAGCAGUUGUGGUCAUCCCAUGUUAAGCACCUCGUCAGCAAUGUAUACAUUCCUGCUGGGGGCCAUAUUCAUUACUUUAAGCUCAAGUCGCAUCCUACUGGUAAAAUAUUCAGCUAAUGAAGAGAACAAAUAUGAUUAUCUUCCAACUACUGUGAAUGUGUGCUCAGAACUGGUAAAGCUGGUUUUCUGUGCGCUGGUGUCAUUCUGGGUUUUAAAGAAAGAAGAUCAUCACAAUAGAAAGUUGAGAUGUGGUUCCUGGAAGGAAUUCUUUAAUUUCAUGAAGUGGUCCGUUCCUGCCUUUCUUUAUUUCCUGGAUAAUUUGAUUGUCUUCUAUGUCCUUUCCUAUCUUCAGCCUGCCAUGGCUGUUAUCUUCUCAAAUUUUAGCAUUAUAACAACAGCUCUCCUAUUCAGGAUAGUGCUGAAGAGACAUCUAAAUGGGAUACAGUGGGCUUCCCUCCUGAUUCUGUUUUUGUCUAUUGUGGCCCUCACUUCUGGGACUGAGACCUCACAGCAUAGCCUGGCAGGACAUGGAUUUCAUCAUGACGCCCUCUUCAGCCCAUCCAAUUCCUGUCUUCUCUUCAGAAGUGAGUGUCCCAGCAAAGACAAUUGCACAGCAAAGGAGUGGACAUUUUCUGAAGCUCGGUGGAACACGACGGCCAGAGUUUUCAGUCACAUCCGUCUUGGCUUGGGCCAUGUUCUUAUUAUAGUCCAGUGUUUUAUUUCUUCGAUGGCCAAUAUCUAUAAUGAAAAGAUACUGAAGGAAGGGAACCAAAUCACCGAAAGCAUUUUCAUACAGAACAGCAAACUCUAUUUCUUUGGUGUUCUUUUUAAUGGACUGACCCUGGGCCUUCAGAGCGGUAACCGUGAUCAGAUUAAGAAUUGUGGGAUUUUUUAUGGCCACAAUGCAUUCUCAGUAGCCCUUAUUUUUGUAACUGCAUUCCAGGGCCUCUCAGUGGCCUUUAUUCUGAAGUUCCUGGAUAACAUGUUCCAUGUCUUGAUGGCACAGGUCACCACUGUCGUCAUCACAACGGUGUCUGUCUUGGUCUUUAACUUCAGGCCCUCCCUGGAGUUUUUCUUAGAAGCCCCAUCAGUUCUUCUCUCAAUACUUAUUUACAAUGCCAGCAAUCCUCAAGGUGUGGAAUACGUACCUAGGAAAGAAAGGAUUCGAGAUCUAAGUGUCACUCUUUGGGAGCGCUCCAGUGGGGAUGGAGAAGAACUGGAAAGACUUACCAAACCCAAGAGUGAUAUUGAAUCAGAUGAAGAUACUUUCUAAGUGGUACCCAAAUAGUUGGCAGCUCUCACAAACAUUUUCACUCUGUGUGAUAAUUAUCUUUUCACUUUGAUAAACCAAGAACAUUUCUAAAGCAUAAAACGCUUUGCAUAUAUCUAACCAUUCCCAAAAUAAUUCCAACCAAAGCUUAGAGGACCUAAAGACUAAAAAGUUCUAAGGAACUUACAUAAGAGUAAUAGUAUGGAGACUGCAUUAAUGACAUGGUACUUAGUACAUUGUGGGCUUACCAGGUGACACAGUGAUAAAGAAUCCAUUACAGGAGAUGCAGGUUCGAUCCCAGGGUUGAGAAGACCCCCAGGAGUAGGAAAUGGCAACCUGCUCCAGUACUCUUGCCUGGACAAUUCUUUGGACAGAGGAGCCAGGUAGGCUGUAAUUCAUGGGGUCUCAAAGAGUAAGUCAAGAUAUAUUUGCAGAUUAUUUUCCUCUUCCUCCAUUCCAAAAAAAACUUGUGAUAAUCAUGUUAGCUUUACCCUAUAAGCAUACAAAUAGAGAUCAGUUUGCUAGAUUUUCAUAAUUGUGUAGUUCUGCUCUGCAUGCCAUAGUCUUCCCUUUUUUAUCAUAAAUGUCACUUAGGUUGUCCUUUGAAUUUUGAGGUCAUGGAGAUAGUCAUUUUGUAAUUAAAAAGCAGUGUGACUCUUUGUAAAAAUUUGAUUGAAGGCCACAACAUAGAUUUGAGAAUAAUGUAGU